AUGGUUUUUAAAAACAAUGGUUAUAGAUUAUUUAUAUCUCACAGGGAUGUAUUUAUACGAAAUAUCGCAACAACAUCAACAGUCAAAUAUAAUCAAUUAAAAACAGCCAAGAGCAUUAUAAAAUUAGUUAACAAUAGCAGCUUAUCGAAGAAAGAACAAACCAUAGAACCUGGUAUACAGGUAUUAAAUAAGGAAAUUAGUCCAGAUAUGCCAGAAUGGAAAAAACAAAAACUUGCAUUGAAUAAGAAAUUCAAAGGUGAACAGUGGAAUCCAACCAAAAAACUGUCUCGCGAUGAGAUUGAAUCAGUAAGAAUGUUGAAGAGACAGUAUCCCAACAUGACGACCAAACAGUUGGGUUCUUAUUUUAAAGUGUCUCCAGAAAGCGUCAGGAGGAUUUUAAAAUCAAAAUGGCAGCCUACAGAAGACGAGAUGUUGAACGUUCAGGAACGGUGGAAAAGAAGAGGAAAAAGAAUAGAGUCCAUGUUUGAACCUACUACUGGGAAAGACUCAGUUCAACCAACUCGUAGGAUAGUAGUUAAUUCUGAAACUAGUGGGGGUACCUUUAGGGUGAAAUAUGUUCAGAAACCUAAAGUCAUAUCUACAUCUUUGCCGAAACCUAAUAAGUUGCAUUUACUUCUUAAUCACAAAUAA